AGUCUUAAACCAACCUCUGUCUUCUUCGACGGAGUCCCCAACGUUUCAGACACACUCUAAAAACUCUCUCUCUCUCUCUCAAACAAAGGGUUCAGACUCUCUCUCUCUUCUCUCUGAUCUGGACCUCGAAAAUGCAGAGCACUGCAUUUACCUUAUGUCCUUCGAUUUGGCUUCCAAAACCUCGAAGACCUCUAAGCCCUAGCAGUCCAUGUAGAUUCAAUCCUUUGUCUGUAUCGUCGCCUUCGAGAUCGAUUGAUUUCGCCCCCGUCAAUGGCGUCCCUGCGUUGUCAUCUCGGAGAUUGCCUUCAAUCUCAUGUUCUUCAUCUUCAUCGUCGUCGUCGGGACUGAAUAGCUGGAUUUCGGCUCCGCCUCUGGUUCCGGAGCGCGAAUCGGAUGGUUUCGAGGUUAGGGCAACGUCGGUCCCCGAGAGUGCCGGCGAGAGUUCGAAGUCCGAGAGCAUGGCGAGCACGUUGCAGCUUGGAGCUCUGUUCGGCCUCUGGUACCUUUUCAACAUAUACUUCAAUAUCUACAACAAACAGGUUCUGAAAGUCUUCCCAUUUCCAGUAACUGUAACCACAGUACAAUUUGCCGUUGGAACUGUACUUGUUAUUUUCAUGUGGACGUUUAAUCUCUACAAACGGCCUAAAAUUAGUGGUUCACAGCUUGCAGCAAUCCUGCCGUUGGCAGUGGUGCACACCUUAGGCAACCUUUUCACUAACAUGAGUCUUGGAAAAGUUGCUGUUUCAUUCACUCACACAAUUAAAGCUAUGGAGCCCUUUUUCUCAGUUAUCCUCUCAGCUAUGUUUCUAGGAGAGAUUCCUACUCCUUGGGUAGUUUCUUCUCUUGUACCAAUUGUUGGUGGAGUGGCACUUGCGUCAAUGACUGAGGCCUCUUUUAAUUGGGCUGGAUUUUGGAGUGCAAUGGCUUCUAAUUUGACCAACCAAUCUCGUAAUGUCCUUAGCAAAAAGUUCAUGGUUAAAAAAGAGGAAUCGUUGGACAACAUUACUCUCUUCUCGAUAAUAACAAUUAUGUCCUUUUUCUUGCUGGCUCCUGUUACUCUUUUCAUGGAAGGAGUCAAAGUCACCCCUUCAUACCUGCAAUCUGCUGGAUUGAAUGUUAAACAGGUUUACAUUAGAUCGUUCAUUGCUGCACUCUGCUUCCAUGCGUAUCAGCAGGUUUCUUAUAUGAUAUUGCAGAGGGUAUCCCCAGUCACCCACUCUGUGGGCAAUUGCGUGAAGCGAGUGGUGGUGAUUGUGACAUCUGUUCUCUUCUUCCGCUCACCUGUCUCACCUAUCAACUCUCUGGGUACUGGAGCGGCUCUUGCUGGAGUGUUCCUGUAUUCAAGGGUGAAGCGCAUAAAGCCAAAGACAAAAACAGCUUGAAGUUUGUUUGAAAUUUUUUGCUGGUAGUUCACAAUUUUAAGACGAGGAAGUCAUAUUAAAGAACUCAUUUGUACGUUAAUCUCCAUUUUUUUCUUUUCGGUCUUGGUUAUGGUUUUAUUCUUUUGUUGGACGCCAAUAACUUAAAUGGCAGCAAAAGUUUUGAUCCGGGAAGAACAUUGUUGGUUGUGUUUUUAUGUUCUGUGACGAGCACUUGUUAAGUAGUAGCUGUUCUAAAUGUAGGAUGUAUGGUUCCCGUAUUUGAGAGAAGGAACGGCGAACUUUUCUACUCGGAGAGAAGGAACGGCGAACUUUUCUACUCGGAGAAAAGGAACUUCUGAAUAUCAAUUCUUUGGUGUAUGAACACUUGAUUGGUUUGAUUGUGGUUA